CACAAUAUAAGGAGAUGUACUUUGGCUCAACUGAUAAUUCGGUAGAGUCGGGUCGUACUUGAAUAUCCAGACAUAACUAUCCAAACUUUAGCGAAGAUCUCACUUGUGUAUAAGAAUGCAUUAUUUAGGGGUGACGGCCUUCUCUGUGUUCGUCAUACUGAACCACGAGUUUUACGGUGUAUUCGGUGGCCAAACAUGUGAAACAAUACCAGACAUCGCCUGCCCUCAAACCAUUUCCGAGCACACCGGGGAAUUAGUGCAGCCUCUUCCCAAGUAUCUAACUCGUGAUCAUCCUGAAUAUGAAGUCAGAACACCACCGGCGAUGAGAGAUAAAGUCAACCUAUACUGCGCACAUCCAGCUUGUAACUCAAACCCGUGCCUUAACAGAGGAACGUGUAUGGAGGAACUAUUUGGAUAUAGCUGCUCUUGUGUCCUCGGAUACGUUGGGACACAUUGCGAAGAAAAUAUCGAAACAGAAAAUUGA